AUGACGUCCAAAGGUGGGCUGGUGGGCGGAGUCAGCUCCUCGCACUGCAUCACCUGUGGAGUGUAUUGCAGAAGCCACGCCUACUUCCUGUCUCACCUGGCCUCAGCUCACCCCACCCUGCUCCAUAGUGCCCCCGUAGGACGCCUGGGGAAAGUUUUUCUGUAUCAGCAGUCAGGGAAAUUGUUCCACUGCGAGAUCUGCUUCUACAGUCAUCGGGACUUCACACAGGACCCAGAGUUGGACAGGUCUCAACUGGAGAAUGAACUGGAGAAUGAAGUGGAGGAUAAACGGAGGAGCCCUCCCCCGACAGUGGCUCCUCCGCUCACCUUGGCCCCUCCUCCGCUCACCUUGGCCCCUCCCCCACCAGUGGCUCGUCCGCUCACCGUGGCCCCUCCCCCCUCGUCUUCCUCCCCCCUCUUCCAGCUCUCCUCUGGUCUGUACCAUUGUUUGCGUUGUGAUUGGUCGCACAAGAUCCGCACCAUCGCCGUGAACCACGUGGUCCGCAAACACGACUCGCCACAGCACCUCUAUGAUGUCAUUGAGCCACUUCCCACAAGCCAAUCAGAGUCAGCCUCCGCCCCCGUGGAGGAGGAAGAGGAAGUAACUCCAGAGGCCAUCACACAGGAACUGGAGGCAACAAACAUCCUGCGUUUCUAUAACAACAGAGUCGAGUGUCAAUGCGGCUGGAAGGCCAAGGUCAAGAGAGGCUCAAGGGGUUUUGCGUUGAACCACUUGGAGAGGGCCCAUGACCUGCCUCGCUCCCACUGCUGCUCCAUCUGUGGACAGAACUUCACCAUGUCGUAUCAGCUCCGAGAGCACAUCAAACUGCUCCACCGGCCGGGGCGCUACCACUGCCCGUUCUGCAUCUUCAGGUCAGAUUUUUAUGGCGGAUUUCGACGUCACAGCUCAAAGUCCCUCCCCCGACAGUGGCUCCUCCGCUCACCUUGGCCCCUCCUCCGCUUCACCUUGGCCCCUCCCCCACCAGUGGCUCGUCCGCUCACCGUGGCCCCUCCCCCCUCGUCUUCCUCCCCCCUCUUCCAGCUCUCCUCUGGUCUGUACCAUUGUUUGCGUUGUGAUUGGUCGCACAAGAUCCGCACCAUCGCCGUGAACCACGUGGUCCGCAAACACGACUCGCCACAGCACCUCUAUGAUGUCAUUGAGCCACUUCCCACAAGCCAAUCAGAGUCAGCCUCCGCCCCCGUGGAGGAGGAAGAGGAAGUAACUCCAGAGGCCAUCACACAGGAACUGGAGGCAACAAACAUCCUGCGUUUCUAUAACAACAGAGUCGAGUGUCAAUGCGGCUGGAAGGCCAAGGUCAAGAGAGGCUCAAGGGGUUUUGCGUUGAACCACUUGGAGAGGGCCCAUGACCUGCCUCGCUCCCACUGCUGCUCCAUCUGUGGACAGAACUUCACCAUGUCGUAUCAGCUCCGAGAGCACAUCAAACUGCUCCACCGGCCGGGGCGCUACCACUGCCCGUUCUGCAUCUUCAGGUGA